UUGUAAGUUGCAAAGCUCUAGGUGUACUAUGUACCUAAGCUGUUAUUUCAAAGUACAGUGGAUCCCUCCCCUACCUUGGAUCACCUAUCGUAUCGAUAAGCUCGAUGGAACCAAAGUUCCCCCCCCUCUGGCCCCUCAGGUCCCGCGAUUGGAACUCCAGUUUUACCUAUCUUAUCUGAGCGAGAGAGUACGUACCGCCAAAAAGAUUUUGGUGGUAGAAUUAUUGACAAGUAGUAAUUACGACCUCAUCGGCGGGUUUGUGGACGAAGAUAUAGCAGCUGUAGCUGUCGACGAUCUUUUAGUUACUUGCGUUAUAUACAAACGAUACCAAUUGGGCAGUGAGAACCUUGUAGAGCAUCGUCGACGGUGCCGUACCGGACGGGAAGGGGAAAGAGAAAGAAGGGAUUAAAAAAAAAAAGCACGACAUCAUGGCGUCUGAAGUCGCGGCGGCAGCCACCAACGUCGUACGGCGCGCCGGCAAGGAGAUGCACGGAAUCGUGGUAUCAGCCGGGCUAAUGGACAAGACGGUGAAGGUGAAGCUGGGUGGUCUACGAUGGGAGCCCCGGGUGCAAAAGUUCUUCAAAGAACCCCGCUUCAGGCUAGUCCACGACCCUCGAAACUCCCUCCGGCAAGGCGACGUCGUCGCCAUCGAGCCCUCCUGGCGCGUGUCGCAGCACGUCCGCCACGUCGUCAAACACAUUAUCGCCCCCUACGGCGAGCCCAUCGAGAGCCGGGAGCCCGUGCCCACCCUCGAGGAGCGCAUCGCCGAGCGCGCCGCCAAGCGCGCCGCUAAGGACGAGCGCAGGAGGCUGCGCAAGGAGGAGGAGAUGAGGAAGAGGGAGGAGGCGAAGAUGGCCGCCCUGGAACAGGCGAAGACAGACUUGGCCGCGGACGGGAAUAUACCUACUACGACGACCGAGACCACGUUGAGCGAUGUCGACUGAAGUUCACCUAGUAUAGGUAUCUAGAUGGAUGGAUGGGUGCGUGGGAAUCCAAGAUUCAGGGCUGCAAUGCCCUUAAGAUGGCAUAGCUAGCUGUCUAUCUGUCUAUCUCGUUAGUUACGUUGAUUUGAACUGCGGAAGAUG